UCCACUCAUGGUAGAAGGCAAGAGGGAGCCAGUGUGUGCAGAGAUGAAAUGGGGAUGGAGGAAGGAAAAGAGGGACAGUAGGUGCCAGAUUCUUUUUAUCUAUCAGCUCUCAUGGGAACUAAUGGAGAACUCAUUCAUCUUCAAGGGAGGAUAUUAUUCACAAGGGAUCCACCCCCAUGACCUAAACACAUCUCACUAGGCCCAACCUCCAACAUUGGGGAUUAAAUUUCAACAUGAGGUUUGGAAAGACAAACAUUGAAACUACAGAAGAGGCAAUAUGUGCAAAGUGUCCUGAGGUUGGUAAAACAACAAACUGAUAUAGAAGAGGAGAAAUGGAACAAUUGCUGCUGUUUGGUGUUAUCAGAAAAGAUCUUGGGGCAAAGUUACUUUUGAAAAAUGCUUUUGAAAUUUACCCCUUUUGUCUGUAUUUUCUUUUAUCCACAUACAUCAUGAGUUCAUGUUUAUUUCCCAUUCUGUACUCUUGGAGACACUUAACAUGAGUUUGGGAGUCAGACUUGGUUUUGAAUUUCAACUCUGCUACUUAGUAAAUGCACACCUUGGAUAAGCUGAAAUUCUCUGGGCCUCAGUUUCCUCAUCUGUAAAAUGAAGACCAUAAUCCUUCUUUGAAGCUUGUUUUCAGAUACAUAAAUAACACACAGAGUCUGACAAAUGACAAUAAUCCUGCAGGACUUUUUCCUUAGUUCAACUAAAGAUGGAGUUCUUUGUCCAACAGCCACGAAAAUUCGGGCUCGCAGACAAUUUGAAUGGUUAGCAAGACAGGGUUUUACUGAGUGAAAAGGAAGAAAAGGGGGAAAAAGGGACUCUCCCAAGGCCUGAGUCCCUACUAGAGCACUUCCUGCCCGGCGUUUGAAUCCCAGGUUUCACACAGGAAGAGGAAGGGCCAGGCUCCUCCCUGCCGCAAAUGGUGCAGACUUCCUGGGGCUCCACCCCAGUGCACGUUCCCUGCAGUGCACAGGCUGGUUCGCGAGCAGUGCACAGGCUGGUUCGCGAUUCUCUGGAGACCCCCUUCCCACCUGGCUAUCUCAAUAAGAGAACAUACCGAUCAGAAAAUGAAAUGGAUCAGAUAGUGAAGGACAUUUUUUAAACUGUGCCAAAAUAUACACAUCUUAUUUUGUAGGUGAAUGGGGAACCAUUAAACUUUUUUGUGUGUGUGUACAGACAAGUGGCAUAUUUGUUUGUUUUACAAAGGUAACAUUAGCAGCAAGUGGAGGGUAAGUGUUUAGCAUUGACUAAAUGAGGGCAGUUAGUGUAAUAUUGCGCUUUCAUGAGAUAUGAUAAAUUCAGUUAAGCCCAGUACUGACAGAAGAGGUGGAUUUGAUAACUGGCAAUUAAAAUAUGUUUUUCUAAAUUUUGUAGGUUGACAUUUAGUCAAUUCCGAAAAUACAGACUAGAGAAAUAAAAAUAAACGCCGUUUUUUCUUAAUCAUUUUUAUUGAUGUUUUGACUUAAUUUCGUAGUUGUUUGUCUAGGUCAUCUUUGGAUUUAUUGUUUGAGGAAUGUAUGAUUUGAAAACCAACUGCUAGAGCUACCAGGAAUAGGAAAGUAGGCGGGUGGCGGGGAGUGGGCAGGGCAGAGAAAUCAACUAAUAAACAGGAGUCAGAAAGUCUGGGAAAAGUAACUUAAGUAAACUUUUAUUUUGUGACCUAACAGACAUUACUUUAAAAAGCAUUUCUCAGCUGUUGACUUUGAAAACUACUCACAUUGCCCAGCUUGGAGCUUUUAGAUAACCAAGAUGGAUAAGAAAAUUAUGGUUUCCUUAGUUGCAUGGCCAGGCUGACCUCCCCGUACAGCAAAGAGCAGACGAAAAGGGUGUUGAAGCAUAGACCAGCACGAAUCCAUCAUCACUGACAGAAACUUCAGAGUGCAUGCUUGCUCAGUUUUGCCUAGGUCAAGUAUGAGAAGUGCUCUCUUUGACUGGAGAGCCGAAAACUUUAUCAUUAAGUCAUAUCCAGCUGGAGGAAGUUCUCUUACAUCAACUCACAGGCAUUCAUUCUAAGGACGUUUCUGUCUAUCAAAGACUGGUUCUUCAGAGGAAUCAUCCCUGACUGUGUCAUCACUCUGAGCUCUGACUGCACUCCCCCUCCCCUACCAGUGGGAACACUACCCAAGAGAGAGCUCUGGAGUGCUCCUGACGAGAAAUUCCAUGGGGACUGUACCUGACCCUCUCAGAUCAGCUAAAACUUCCCUGAUUGCAGCUUCCGGAAAAGAAGAGGAUCUAGGAGGGCCACAGGCUGCCUCACCUCGGCAUCGACCAGCUCUCCUGUGUAAGAAUGCCAAUGGCUUUUCAGGUGCCCCUGCAGAGCCAGACCUCAGCCCCAGGGCAGCUGCCGAAGCCCUGAUGCAGGCUUGUGAGCAUGAGACCACCCAGCCAGGUAUGUCUUCUCCUGGUGUCUUCAAUGAAGUGGAGAAAGCACCUGCCACAUUCAACUCUCCCGGCAAUUCCCAGCUGCCAGGGAGCAGCCAGCCUGCAGCGCCAGCCCCGAGUUCUGCAGCAGGAAGGGAUCUUAUACACACACCAUUGACAAUGCCUGCCAAUCAGUACACCCGCCAGUCCAUCCCAGGUGAUCAGCCCAAUGCCAUCACCUCAUCCGCACCUGAAGAUUCCCUGAGGAGAUCACAGAGAACCUCAAAUAGAGAGCAACCUGAGAAACCAAGUUGUCCUGUGGGAGACAUCCUCGGUAGCAGCAAAGAUCAGGUGUCCUGUGAGUUUCCUUCCCCAGAAACAAUCCAGGGAACAGUGCAGACUCCAGUGACAGCAGCCAGGGUGGUCAGUCACUCAUCCUCUCCUGUAGGUGGACCUAAAGGGGAAAGGCAGGGAGCCAUCUGUGACUCUGAAAUGAGGUCCUGCAAACCUCUAACUAGAGAACCUGGAUGUUCAGAGAACAAGGAGCCCUCUGUCACUGCCUCGGGCCCCCAGGGCACAACUUCUGUGACACCUCAACCAGCCCCUCUCACUAGCGAACCUUCGGCAUGUCCCCCAGGUCCAGAGAAGGUGCUGCUACCAGUACAGCAUCCGAUGUCAAGGUUCAAAGAAGCCAGUACGAUGACCAGCCAAGCUGAAGGUGAAAUCAAGGAAGUUCCCAGCAGGGCUUGGCAAGAUGCGGAGGUGCAGGCAGUGGCGAGUGUGGAGAGCAGAUCCGUCUCCACCAGUCCCAGUAUCCUCACUGCAUUUCUGAAGGAAAGCCCUGCUCCUGAGCAUUUCGAACAAGAGCAGCUGCGUGUCAUUUGCCACAGCAGUGGGAGCCACACACUGGAGCUCUCUGACGGCACGCUAGCCCCCCAGGAGUCCAGCCAGUGCCCUGGCAUCAUGCCACAGGUGCACAUUCAGGCAGCUGCAGCUGUGCCCACCGCUUUCCAAAGGGAAAAUAAACUAGUGAGCCUACCAGGUGGGGUCCUUAAAACCUCGUCAAUCAAUUUGGCCUCCAGUAAUGCCCAGCAUCUGUGUAAAGAAGAUGGGAAGUUAGCAGGAAUGACUCCAGCAGGGGAAGAAUCAACUGCUAAAAAGCUCGCAGGUACUAAUUCUAGCUCCCUGAAAGCUACCGCCAUUGACCAGAUUUCUAUCAGUGCAUGCAGUCAAGCUGAAACAAGUUAUGGAUUGGGGAAAUCUGAAACCAGGCCAUCUGAGUUUGCAGAGAAAACCACAAACGGCCACAAAACAGACCCAGGUUGCAAACUAUCUGACUCUUGUGGCUCUAUCAGCAAAGCUGACCAUUCUGGGAGCUUGGAUCCCACUAAUAAAGAAGAUGCAAGGGAAAAGAAGCCUGCAUCUCCUCAGGUAGUAAAAGAAAAAGAGUCUGCUGGCACUGAUACCUCCGAUACCAAAACCCUACUGCUCAAUCCUAAAUCUCAAGAAAGUGGAGGCACAGAAUCAGCUGCUAAUCCUACACCCUCCCCAAUUAGGAAGAACCAGGAGAGCACCUUAGAAGAAAGCAGACAGACCAAGACAGCCACCAGCCUGAGCCUGCCAUCUGAUCCCAUGGGUGACUCCAGCCCAGGUUCCGGCAAGAAGACCCCAUCUCGCUCGGUCAAAGCCAGCCCACGCAGGCCCAGCCGCGUCAGCGAGUUCCUCAAGGAGCAAAAGUUAAAUGUGACAGCAGCUGCUGCUCAGGUAGGACUCGCUCCGGGAGAUAAGAAAAAGCAGCUUGGUGCAGACUCCAAGCUCCAGCUGAAACAGUCCAAGCGUGUCAGGGACGUCGUGUGGGAUGAGCAGGGAAUGACCUGGGAAGUGUAUGGUGCGUCCUUGGACGCAGAGUCCCUGGGAAUUGCGAUCCAGAACCAUUUACAAAGACAAAUCAGGGAACAUGAGAAAUUAGUCAAAACUCAAAAUAGCCAGACCCGGAGAUCCAUUUCCUCAGAUUCUUCUUCAAAUAAGAAGCUCAAAGGAAGGCAGCACAGUGUUUUCCAGUCCAUGCUGCAGAACUUCCGACGCCCCAACUGCUGCGUCCGCCCUGCCCCUUCUUCUGUGUUAGAUUGAAAGGGAGUAUUUACGGGAGUUUGUGUAUAAAUUUAUGGUAUUCACAUGUGUCCCUCUAUGUCAAAGCUUGCUUAGUUUUUUGCUGCAAGACUAGGAAGAAAAAGCAAGUAUUCGCUAUAGGAAAUAGCUAUUAAAAAUUGUUAGAUCCUUUGACCUGGAGCUCUAUAAACAAAAAUGUCAUUUCAGUUUGAAAGAAGGAACAAGAGAAGAGAAACAAGCUUCGCUGAAGGUUUGCAACCUUAAUAAAUUGAAAAUAAUACUCACUGGAUUUUUAAAAAUAUGAUGUUGUUCGUAGAAAUAGCAUUAUUAUUAUAUCAUUAUACAUGUAUUAUUUUGUAUUACUGCCUCAAUUUAGCACACAAUAGUAUUCCCAUUAAAAUCUCUGCUUCAUAUUGAAAGUAGCAAAAACACUAUUGGCAAAAACAUUGUUAUAAUUUCUAGUCCUAUUGCAGUAAGAGUGCUGUAAUCACACAAAUUUUAAAUAGGUGAUAAGAACCAGAAUGGAAAAAAAAUGAGAACAAAUUUGACUCAUUCCUAGGCCAGACAACAUUAAAUAAAAGCAGUUAAAUGUGUAAAAUAUGAAAUCUGAAUUGAUGUUUGUAAACAUCUGCAGACAACUCUUUUUAUAAACCUUCUUAUAGCUGUUAAUAAAUAUAAGAAAGUUAUAUUAGGAACAUUAGCUAAGCUUUUGACUAUGAAAACCGCCUACAUUAAACAUGGAUUUAUAUAGACACAUUUUCUUGCACUGAAGGGGCAAGGCGCCUCUCUGUGAUUCUGACCAGACAUAUUCAUAUUUUCUUACCCUAGAGGAAGUACAUGGGACUGAAUUCUUAAAAAGCGUCAUCAAAUUAGGGAUAAUACUAAAUUGAUAUUGUGCAGGUGUUCUCCAUUCUACUGAGAAUGCUAAGGUUCUGGUAAGGAACUAUAAAUAGCAGAUUACCAAACACUGCUUUUUCUGUGAUGAUAAAAGCCUCAUAAGUAACAAAAACAAUGUUUAAUUUAGACUCCUGUAAACAGGAUGCAAUUUGUGAUUUUUUUUUAAUUGGGUUCAGUAACUUCCAGUAACAAAUGUGAUCAACACCAAAUUAGAAUGUGAGCUUCUUUACAAUUUUUGUACAUAGACUACUAUCAUCUAAUUGCUUAAGUGUAUACUCUGGAGUAAAAGGGUAACUUCUGCAAACUUACUGAUUUUAAGAGAAAUACCCAUAAUAUCCUUCAAACCCAAUGAAAGAAGAGGCCUUUACGAAAACAUGGCUUGUGAUUUGGGUGGAUUAUACUUCCUGGGACCUUGGCCCUACCGUGUCUCCAAAAGAGAUGCGUGUCCCAAGACACAUGCGUGUCCUCCAAGGCACUGGCCUGGAUGAGCAGCAUUGGUUUGAGAACUGGAGUAGUGUGGAAAGGAAAAAUGAACAACGGCCCUGGGAAGGCUUCCCUUCUGCAGACAUUGUUGGGGGAGUGCUGGUCUCCAUUUUGCAUUUAGAAAACCAGACUUAGAUGCUGGAGGGGCACCAGUUGCCCUCUUUGAACUCAUUCCCUGGAAUGAGCUAGAAAAGAGCAUCUAACCAUAGGUAUUCUCUCUAGAGACUCAUGUGUCCCGUGGGUACAGUCAAUUCACAGUAUCUGUUCUGGCUUUUUUCACUUUAAUUCUGUUUUGCACAUUCUGAACAUAUGCAGGAAAAAAAUCAUUCCUGAACUUUAACAGCACAACCUACACUCGGCACAACCUAAAAAGCCUUUGAUUUAUUCUGAAGCAGUUUAACUGUAGACAAAGCUUGCAUACGUGGACCAGUAUUCCUCAGAGCCUGAGAGUUGUUACAGUUGUUGUAUUUGGAAAUUAGAAGGAAUUUUUUAAUAAGGCACAUUUUUCAGUUUCUUACCCAUUGGUGUCUAUUAACAAUACUAUGUAAUGCGAAAUUUCCAUCAAAUUACCAAGCAAAUUACUAUUAAUGAUUAGAGAUUCAGCCUAAAACUCUCUCUUUGGGCCUUAAAUACCCAUUUGUAGUUGUGUUCGUGUCACUUCUGUCUCAGAUGCCUCUGCCAGGACAUAAUCUCUCUGCUAGUUCUCGCUAGCUGGCUUCUCCCUCCCACAUGGGCAUACAUGCUGUGUAUACACAGAGUACAGCCUGUGUACACAGUAGCAGCUGUCAACAGUGCCUACUCCAGAUGGGUGGCCCCAGGUAAUCCUCUGCUGUGAAGUGGCUAGAACAGGCUGUCCCUGCAUUAAAAUAGGCGAGAAUAAGGAAUUUCGCAUCUGGUAAUAAUAUUUAUUUUCAUGACUUUAGAGUAACCACAUGAUUUGUAAACAGUUAAAUGAAGCAGAGGCCUGAGAGAGUUGUAGGCAUUUGUCUCACAUUAAAUACAUUAAAAUUGCUAGCUUUGCUAUUGUGGUUAUGCCUCUCAAAACUUUAAGAAAAUUUGUUUAAUGUGCUAAGUUUAACUGGUUUUCUUCGGUGCUGGAACCAAAUUAUUCACUUGCACAACACUCAAGAGAUUGUCACAAAAUAUUACAAAAAUAUUGUUUGUUUUGUUGCUCAUUAAGUCCUAUGGAACUAACAGCUUUUAAGGACAAUAACAGAAAUAUAUCUUCAGAUGGAUAAAUAAGAUAGGGACCUACUCAAGAUAGCAGCAUUUUUAUAUUGUGAUACCUCCCCUAAGUUACUCUCACAAUAAAACCAUUUAGUAUACCUUAUUUGUAAAACCUAAGGUUCAUUCAACAGAUGAAGUUGCAAAACAGUUUUCGUGGCAGACUCUUUGAACUUGCUCAGUUUUUUCCUUACUUUACCUGCAUGACACACAUUGGGUUGAAAGUUGUCUGGUUUUACCCUUCAUUUCUCUUAGAUAUGAUUUGGUUCUUUUUCAUGCAUUCUGUUGUGAAAUAUAUGGAGGAAAUAUUUUAUUGAAUCAAGAAAUAGAAAAUAUUCCUUAAACCAGUAGUAAAAAGAUGAGUUAGAACUCCAUGUCUGGAAGACAAUUCAACAUUUAAAAUAUUAAGAUGCUCUGCCACUUAACAAAUGAAUACUAAAAUUUUUAAUUUAAAGAUUGAUUGUUCUAUUUUUAUGACCAUGAGAAAAAUGUGGCAGCUUUAGCUGUCAUUUGUUUAUCUUGAAUGCUUUUCUAAUUAUGUAUUUCUGGAUGAUUGAUUUCGAAUGCCACAGACCAACUACUUUACAUAGAGUAAAAUAUUGAUUAACCUUUGUGCUUUGGGUCACUGGCAAAAGUUGAAUGGAUUGAUAAGUCAAGGUUAACCAGAAACCUUUUUGUUCACGUCUGAAAUGAAAUAUUUAUAAAAUGUGUUAGUAUGUUUCCUGCCUUGAUAAGUUCAUCUAUAUUGAAUGUAAUUUGAUCUUUGAUGAUUUUUUUAAUCUUGAGAAUUCUCUGAUACUGUUUUGAUUACCAGUGUUCACCGUGUUAUACAGUUAAACAUAAAAAUUGAAAUAAAUUGAACUAAAUAUGCAUGUGUAACAUAUACCUUAGAGGCUGGAUUUCAGAACCAAAUUCAUAAUAGGAGCUUACUGUCUUCAAGUAGAAAGCAGAAGAGGAAAAUAGCGUUUGUUUGUAUUAUAGCGUAUUGAGGUUUCACUGUUCCUAGCUUAUACUAAUGUUUUUCCUCUCAUUUCUGGGAAUGCCUGUCAUUCUGGGAAUCCCUAUAUAUAGCAUACCAAGAACAGAGUAAGAUGUUACUUUAAAAUGUGUUUACAGAGGAUAUGUGCAAGUGUGCUGUUAAUAUAAAUUGUUUGGCCUUUUCUGCAUCCACUUUGUUACUGUUUUGCUGCCAAAAUGUGAGAAAUGUGUGUCUUCUCUUCCUCCUACAUAUUGUGCCAAGUGUUUAAAAUUUUGUCUACUCCUAGUAACACAUAAUUCACCACAUCCCUUGUCUACUUUUAUGAAUCAGUAUAAAGAAAAACAAUGCAUUAGGAUAAGGUUUGCAUAUAUGUAUAUGUGUUUUUAUUGAAAACUGGGCACUUGUAGCCUUGUGUAGCCCUCUCCCUGCCUGAUUUACUAAUUAUCUGUAAUGCUGCCAUGGAGAUGAUGCUGUUUACUCUCUCCUGCUUUGUUCUAAGUGGUAUUUGAGAAAUGAGGCCUGUGAAUUUCCCUUUGUGAUAGAACAGUGAACUCAGCAGUAUCUUGGAUAAGUGAGCCGACUACCUUAUUCCCACACUGCUUUUGUCUACAUGGUGAAAUCAGAAGUCAAACAUCCUCUUCAGUGUUUGUUAUUUUACAUAUGUAUCUGAGCAUUUUGUUUUCUGUUAGCAAUGCUUCUUAAUGUUGUGCGUGGCCCUUUUUGGUUGAUUCUCUCCAAAUUCGGGUCAGCUGCUGCCACCUGGCAAAUAACAGGGGAUAUGCUGAAUCUCCUGUCCAUCCUUGUAACAAUAUCCUUCUUAAUGAAAUUCUUCAACUGGCUGAGCAAUUGCAAAUGUCAUCUGUCCAGAUACAUGGGCUUAAGGAUGUCUACAAAACUUGAGACAUUUUUGCAAAUGGGAAAAAAUAGUCUUGUAAAUACUGAAACAGAUUUCCAUGAACUUUAUCCUACUCUUGGAAAGAAAACAAUUCUCCUUGGCUGCAGAAAUCAAAUAAGCUGGGUUUGCAAUGUCCAAGGACAUAAAUGAAGAUGGAUUGAAGUGGAAAAAUUCUGUCUCCCAAGUGAUCAGUGACAUCUGUCAGAGGUCAUUACAGCUACUUUUAACUGUGAACAGUCACCAGCUAAACUACUCACUUGCCACAACCAAAUAACCUCUCUCAAAGUAAAUCCAGUACAUCUGUAUAUAUGUGUAGAAAGCAGCAACAAACAAUCCUGAAACAUUACGUUUGGCUGUUAGGCAAGUAAAAGUGAUGAUAAUUAUAAACAACAUUCAAAUAACCAUGGACCUUGGUGAAAUGACUUGUAGUGGCCAGAAUGGUGCAACAAGAUGUUAUUUACAAGUUUUUUUUUAAGACACAAAUAUCUCAGAUACUAAUAAUGAGAAUAAAGACUGUUGAAUAUGAAAUUAAAGUCAAGCAAUAAUGUGCCAAAAAGAGGCAGUUAUACCAGCAAAUGCAUCUAUUAUGGGCACACCAUUAUAUAAUGAUGGUUUGCUUUAUGAAGACUGACUGUAACCCACAGGAUAAAAUAAGCAAAGGCAUAGUUUCUGCUUUCUUCCUGGAAAAACUUGUUUAGAAGCUUCAUAAAGAGGUACAGCACUAAUGAUCAUUAGUAAGGAUACAGUUGGCAUCUAUGUUUUUAUGUGAGCCCAGAGUGAAGAGGAGCCACUCAAAGUCUUGCUGGCUUAAAACUCAAGACAGCUGCAACCAGAAGUUUUGUUGAAAUGGAGACUUUAAACUUACGGUAAUUACUCUUUCUGGACACUAGCAUGUAGAAAGCAAUUCAAUUAACUCUGCCCAGAGGAUUACCAGCUUUAGCUGUGAAAAAAUGGGCUCCUGGAUGUAAAAUCACUAAAACAUGAGUACUUGUAUCCAAAGAGGCUUCAAAUGAUGCCUUACAGAAAAUGAUGCUCCAGAUGGGCACUUCUAAAUGCUAACUCUUCAUCAAGUAUCUUUCUGGAUUCAAGCUCAAAAUUAAUUGGCUGCAAAAUAGUAGGAAUAAAAAAUUUUACACUUUAGAAAAAGAUACUGAUGAUCAACCUGCAUGGUAAUAAUUAUAAUGAGAUACCCCAGUGAUUUAAUGAUGUUAGAAAGAAUUAAAUGGGAGAGAAAUGCUAACAACUUUAUCUCUUAACUAUGGAGAUGUCAUUCAUUUAUUUCUGGGGCGAAAAUUAUAGCUUGCUUUUUGACAUCGCUGCUAGUAUAGUUCUUUGUUGCUUUAAAAAUUGUCUGUCUUUAGAAAAACUCUUGAACAGUUAAACAAUUCUUUUCUGAUUCAUAUCAUUACUUUUAAUAACAUGUAAAGGCUGUGUGUAGAGCAAACUAUAUAAAAUGAGUAGAAAGGGCUUACUCAUGUUAAUGGCAUCGUUAAUGAUUUUAGUUUAGAUUCCUUAACAUUUGUUUCAGAUCACAUCUUUAAGUAACUUAUUUUUCCUAAUGUUUUCCAUCGUGUCUUAAAAUGAUGCUGGUAUAUCCAGAGAUUGCAGUAUUAUAGUCAUAUUCCCCAAUCCCUAGAGGAGAGGAGAGACUAAUUCUUGUUUUAAGGGCCCCUGGAGAUUCCUUUUAUUAAGGUUGAAAGAGGUCAACACAGCCUGAAAACAAGAAAAAUAUAUACUAGCAAUUACUAAAUUUCUAAAUGUGUGUAUCUCUGCUUUACUAAUGUGUGAACAAUAUGUCGUGCAUAAUACUGUAGCUGGUCAUGGUAUGUCAAUACAUUCUGUGAGUUUUACAGUCUGAUCAGUUUUCUAUUUUUAUGUGUAGAAAAAAGUAACUUGUCAUAUCCCAUUUAAAGGCCAAUUUCUGUAUUCAGGCAGGCACAUGUAAAUACGUGAAUAAAGCCAACAAAAGUGUGCACAUGUAUUCAGUAACAGAAUUUGUCCUUUUAUUUUUGAAGGUCAGAAAGGGCUGUUUGAUCUGUUUUUUUUUUUUUAAAUUGUCUCCUUGAGUAGGUAACAUAAUUAUCACAAAGGCUGAAUAUAGUAAUCAGUACAUUGGCAUAUUAUUAAAUAUGCCAGGGCUAAUUAACCAUGCCAUUAGUCACAGGUAAGGUCAGUUCUUUGACCACUGGGAUAAUUUACAUUCCUCACACAUCCUUUCUGUGUUAAGUGUGUGACUAGGAUGUACAUACUAUGGGUGUGAUUGUGUACAUACCUUGUAUGAAUUAUCUAAAUCCUCAAAGCAGUUGCAGGAAAGACGGAAGAUGAAACAGUUGUUCAAAAGCCUCAAAAGGGCUAAUCAAUAUAUAUUUUCAUUUUCUACACAUAAAAAUGUAAAUAGCUUAUCCACAUAUAUAUGCACACAUUAUACAUUUUAUUUAUACUAGUAUAUUCAAAUAAAUCACAAAUUAAAACCACUAAUUGAAAGCUACAUAUUUCCAUGACUGCUCUGUUUUGCAAAUAUUAUUAUUGGAUCAGAUGCCCCCCAUUUAAUGGUGUUACUCCCUGGUAGCAGAUUUUGUGCUUAGAAAAGUCCAGCCUCUGAAGCACAGACUGGUAACUGAGUAGCUACAGAGAAUUAAUGCUGUUCUUUAAGUACCUAAUUUUAUAUCUGGAAAUGGUAAACAGUGAUGAAAACCAAUUAUGUUUUGGAGACUCCUUUUGGACAUGUAUCAAUGUGUUGAUUUGCACAAACCAAUAAAAACCCUACAUUUUUUGGAAAUGGAUCCCUAGAUUUCAAGCACGUAUAAUCACUCGAAGUGAAUAUGAUCACAGGCAUUCUUCUCUUGAGCUCAGCAAAACUAUGCACUAUGAUUACCAACACCGAAGAGAAGUCAAAGAUUUAAAUGGAGAAAAAUUGCAGAUGAUGUUGGUGAGAUAAUAGGAUAUGAGCAAUGAACCCAUGGGUGGGGUUCCAGGGCACUUAAAUUGCCUCAUGUCUUGAGUUCCUUAAGAUGGACUCAAAUAAAAAAUUAGUAUUAUCAGUAACAGGUGAUACUGUGUGGACUAGGUAACAAUGUUAGAAUCAUUAGCUGGCAAGUGUCAACUCUGGACAAGAUUUGUUAGCUUAUCACAAUUCCAACCAGUUAAUUGAUAUUGUUCGAAUUUAUCUCAUUUCUUCUGAAAGGAAGUGCUUGAUUAGGGAUCAAAAAUUCUGACCUGGUUCUUAAAACCUAACAUAAUUUGACCUUGAAUCCUUGACACUAAAAAUUACGUUGGCUGGGUAUCAGAUUGAAAAUACACAUGGAGGCUGGGCGCAGUGGCUCACGCCUGCAAUCCCAGCACUUUGGGAGGCCAAGGUGGGCGGAUCACCUGAGGUCAGGAGUUCAAGACCAGCCUGGUCAACAUGGCAAAACCCCGUCCCUACUAAAAAUACAAAAGUUAGCUGGGCAUGGUGGUGUGUGCCUGUGAUCCCAGCUACUUGGGAGACUGAGGCGGGAAAAUCACUUGAACCUGGGAGGCAGAGGUUACAGUGAGCCAAGAUCAUGCCAUUGCACUCCAGCCUGGACGACAGGGCAAGACUCCAUCUCAAAAAAAAAAAAAAGAAAAGAAAAAGAAAGAAAAUAUGAAUGGAAAUACCAGAAUCACCCCUGACAGAGAAUUUCAUUUGGCAAAGUACAAACAACCACUUCUCAGUAGAAAGUUAAGAAUCACAUUUAAAAACAUAUUCAUGUUUUAGAGAAUGAAUGUGCCAUCUUUGUAUAUUAAAUAAAAAUAAAAGAUUAACCAGAUACAAGAACACUACAGUUACAACUAGAGUGGCAGUGUUUUUUAACUAAUAAAAGUAUAGAUGUUUAUAAGUGCAGCAUACCUGAAAUCUUGAUGUUUGUCAAUACGUAUGGUUGCUUAAAAGAUAAAUUUAUGUGAUUGUUUUUGGAAGAUGUGUAUUAAUUUAAAUAAUACCCAGAAAAAAUAUAACUUUAAAAAUUACAGUUUUCAAUAUGAGAAUCAUUUAUGUGUAUAAAUAUUCAACUAAGAAAGAUCAAAAGUAUGGUAUAAUAUUAAAUCACUGAAGAAAAAAUAUUCAAAAUGGAAAGUCCAUUUAUGAAUGUAUUAAUAUUAAAAUCUAAAGUUAUGUUUUUUUAUAAUGUCUAUAUACAAAGGUCAUAAAAUCAUUUCAGAAAGUUCUCAUCCUCCAGAUAUUGACUAAUAAAACUUAUUUCCUAGAAAAAAGAAGGAAUAUUAUAAUUUAUACAAAGAUGAAAUAAGAUUUUGGAAUGGCAUAUACUUACACCUUCAUUUUGGAUUUGAUUUUUGAAUGGAUGCUUAAAAUUCUGAAAUUCAACUAAUGACUUAGUUUUACCCUCAAAAAAUUUAGAAUAUGAUUUUUUUGCAUCUCACUUUUCAUAAUAAAUGUAAUGUAGAUACAAUUUAUUCUGGGUUUUGUUGAUGUUGUUGUUGUUUCCAUUGCUAUUGAAAUCGUUCUUUUAACCAUGGAUGCGCAGAAUCAGUUGAUUUUCCACGUGACACACUUCUGCUAGGAAUCUGCAGUGGAAUUGGAAGUAUUUGCAAUGAAAGAACAUUUUUCUUUAAUUAAAAUAGAAUUCCCAUAGAAUCAACAAUGCCCCCUGGUCAUCAAAAGCGAGGUUUUUCCUGUACUUGGCAGAGCAGAGUGUGUGUGUGUUUGUGUGUUGUGUGUGUGUUGUUUGGUGAGAAUGAUGAGAGCUGAGCAUUGUGAAAAUACAGGUGGGGGUGGGGUAACAGGGCUGGGUAGGGGUCCAGGGCACUUAGAUUGCCUUAUUGUCCAGGCUUAGAUGCCUCUUACCCAGAGCCAUCAGUGUAGUUCCAGCCUUUCUGCUUACUCCUGAGAAGAUAAAUUGGGAUCCUGCAGUCUGGAUUCCUAGAAGGAGAUGGAAAGCCCAGCCAUAUGCCCCAGUUUGACUUGACCAGUAGUAAAAUUGGCACUACAAUUUCAUCCCUUUUUACCUCCUUGAAUGUCUUCAAUUCAUCAAGGGUCUAUAAAGAAGGAGAGGUACAAGAUAUAUGGAACCCAAAUCUCAAAACAAUGAUUUAGUGAAUUUUCCAUGAACUUUAAAUAGUGAUUGCUUCAAAAUUUCCAAGAACCAUACUCUCCCUCCAACUGCUGUGUGUGUGUAUAAAUGCACACUAUUUUAACCUAAAAUGGUGCCCUGUGGCUGCCAUUCUCUAACUCUUGCAUACUUAGACAUUUAUUCUUGGCCAAAUUAAACCUCAUCAUUUCCAAAGAUAUAAAUGCCAUGCAUGAAGAAGUUAGAUCCUGCAAGUCUCAGGAGGGCUGAGAUAGUUUGUCUUAUGCCUAUAGCUGUAUAUGUCCCACCAGCAGGUGUUUGUUUCAUUAGGUGCCAUUUCCAGCCAAAUGUUCUCAUUCUUCACAUCUUCAAUGUUGAGUAGCAAACAGAAGAACAUCCUUCUUAGCAUAAUCUUGCUUCACUGGACUGAUGGCGAACUCAAAAUACCUCUUGUUUCUUGUGAAAGAUUUGCCUUUUGUAAACAAUAUAAGAUUACUUUCGGUCAACCACCCUAUCUGAGUUUAUAGCAUCCUGGGCUGCUAUAGUAAAGGAUCAUAAACUGGGAGGCUUGUAAAUAAAUUUAUUUCUUACAGUUUUGGAAGCUGGGAACUCCAAAAUCAAGGCUAAUUUGGUGUCUGGUGAGGGCCUACUUGCUGGCUCACAUGCGAUGCCUGUUUGCUGUGUGCUCACACAGUAAAAGGGAUGAACGGUCCCUCCUGGGCCACUUUCAAAAGGACACUAAUCUUACUCAUGAGGGCUCUGUGACCACCAUCUAAUCACCACCCAAAGCCCCCACUUUCUAACACCAUGGGAGUUCAGAUUUCAGCAUGAGUUUUGGAGGGAUAUAGACAUUUAGACCAUAGCACACACAUUCUUAAUGAACUUCUGAAUGCCAACAUUAAAUUUUCUUCAACACCAUUCUACACAACCACUGAGCUAAUUUACAGAGCUCUGAAAUGUUUAGACCCUUGUAACUACCUUAGCAAUGUUCUGAAGCUGGUUUUUCUAAAUAUAUCACAGAGGUCUAACAUAGUUGAAAUUCAAAUUGUCUGGAUGGAAGCUGAAAGUGCUUGCAGAGAUUUCUGGUGGGAGUACUGGAAUCUCAAGAAUAGUAUUUCCCUACACCUUUUUUAGUCCUGAUUGACACCUCUCAAUCAAACUACAAAAGAGCCUUGACCUGCCGUUAAAAGUAAUAAUAAGCAGAAUAUCAUUGCCAAAGAUAUUAUAGGUGUUUAAAAGCAAGAUAAGACUUCUUAAAGGACUCAAAAGCAUUUGCUUGUAAUCUAUGUUUUUUUAGCCCAAAGCCAAAACAAAAAAUAACGCCUUUGUGUCAAAUGGUUUUCUGGGCACUUCCACCUAUGUCUCAACCUUUGGAGGUAUAAUGUAUACAUGCAUGGUUUCUCAAUUUUUCAGUGGCACAGAUACUUGAGACAUAUAAAUUGGAUGAUCACCGAGAUAUUGUGGUAAAUAUCUGGGCUUAGAAUCAAAGGAGCCUGGGUUCAAACCUCAGCUUCAAAUCAAACAAGCUAAAUUCUUUGGCUGAGUAAACCAAAACACCUCCAUCCAGACCCCACGUCCAAAUUUCAACAUGAAAUUUGGAGAGGAUAAAUAUCCAAAUUAUUUCAGUGCAUUCAUCUGGAAACUAAGAAUAAUAAUGCUCACUUUGCAAAUUUGUGGGAAGUAAAUGGCACAGGCAAAAUAUUGUUCUUUUCUUCUCUUACUCUGAGUUUUGCUUUCUUCUACUUGAACUUUACCACUCUACUGUUAAAAGCCUUGAAUUUUGCCAUUUUAUUCUAUUUAAUAAACUUAAUAAAUCUAGAUAA